UCCCACAACCAGACGCCUGGGGGCCUGGAGUUUUCCCAAGCCCAUAAGUUCAUCGGGCUUGGAGACAGCACUCCACGAUCCGGCCACGCCAUAAGGAGGAUCUGAAGGCCACCGGCCAUGAGCGUCCCGUUGCGAUCCGGCCGGAGCACCUGGCGGCGGGCAGCCACCUUGGUGCUAGCCGCGGGCUGGAACCGUCCGAGUCCCGGCGCCCCUCAGUCUGCCGACGGCUUCCGGCUGCUGCUUCUCGAGCGCGCCCCAAGCCAGCGCUUCUUGCCAGGCGCGCACGUCUUCCCGGGCGGUGCGCUGGACGCCGCCGACAGCUCGGCCGACUGGCUGCGACUGUUCGCGCCUUGGCACACACCGUCGCGUUUCGGCCUAGGCCCGGCGCCGCCUCAGCGCCCCUCUUUCCCGGGGCUCGUCCACGACGACGCGCACGCCGGGGCGCUGCCUGAUGACAUAGCGCUGCGCAUCUGCGCCAUCCGCGAGACCUUCGAGGAGGCUGGGGUGCUGCUGCUGAGACCGCGGGGCUCGGGGCCGGCUUCUCCAGGGCCGGGCCUGGCGCUGCCGCCUCCGCCGGGCCUGGCCGACUGGCGCUCGCGCGUGCGCAGUGACGCGCGCUGCUUCCUGCAGCUGUGCGCGCACCUAGACUGCACGCCCGACAUCUGGGCUCUGAGCAAUUGGGGCGGCUGGCUCACGCCGUACGGGCGCGGCCCCCGCCGCUUCGACACCACCUUCCUCAUGUGCUGCCUGCGCGAGCCCCCGCCGGUAGAUCUCGACCUGGCGGAGAUGGUGAGCUACAAGUGGUUGUCUCCAUCAGAGGCAACUGAGUGUUUCCUGUCCAAAGAAAUCUGGCUGGCACCACCGCAGUUUUAUGAAAUGAGAAGACUUGAAACUUUCGACUCUCUCUCCGCUCUGUACAGAUUUUCUUCAGAUCACCCGUUAGAAAUAACUGAGAAAUGGCUGCCAAUAAUGCUUUUAACUGCUGAUGGCUCCAUCAAUCUGCUCCCAGGAGAUGAGCUGUAUGUGAAAGACUCAGAUUUCUUAGAACAAACAAUGUCCACUGACAAAAAGACUGAAGAACUCAUGAAGGAAGGCAAAGUAGUUAACCGAAUGGUGAUCCACAAUCUCCACCUCUAUGAAAUCUAUGUGUCUCUGCUGUCCAAGGAUAAGCUCGUGUACCCUAAGAACUACAUAGUGAAUAAGAGCCUGCCUGCCCACUUGUGAGAUGCUCCACUUGUGGGGAUUGACUGAACAUGUCUGAAAUACAAGGAACUUGGCCUGUAAAAGUUGUGUACAAUGAGGUGUUCCCUGUGUCGUGUGCGUUUCCUGCCCGUCUUCAGACUGUACAGCAGCCAUGAGGGUACAAUGGAUGAAGUGUUUAGGAUCUAGUUACUGGAUAAACAGCUUUGCAAUGGUUGUCUCUUCUGUGUUUUAUUAGCUUGAACAUUUAAAAAGGAGUCUCCAGCCAUCCUCUAACUGUCCCACCUGUUAGCCGAUUUCCCGAUGUGCAGUGGAGAUUGAGUCCCAGAUCUCUUAGACUUUCAGCAGGAAUUAAUUCAGGAGUACCUGAUUAGAUGGUAUUAAGUUUGAAUGUGGCAUUUCCUCCACGUGGUCCAUAGAUGGUAGCACUGUUUUGGCAGGUUGUGAAGACUGAGGGGCAGGCUCUAACUAGAAAAAGUGGGUUGCUGGCGUGGGUGGGUCUUGAGGGAUUUUGAGUCCCACCUCUGUUCCAGCAGAAUUCUGUUUUCUGAUCUGAGGAGAUCUGAGCAGGCUGCCUCAGGUUUCUGCCUCUGUGAAUGUCACUUUGUCUUUAGCACCAUGAAAUUGGCUGUACUAAACCCCAACUUUACGUUGUCUCUGUGAGGCAUUUGAUCAUAGCAAAUGAACAGCGAUUGAGGCAUCCUUCAUGGGUGAUGCCAUGUCCUUGCCAGGUAUCUACCUUUAUAAUUAACAGACAUAGCCCACACCUUUAAUCCCAGCUCUGGAGAAGCAGAAGCUGGUGGAUCUC